CGCGCCGGCGAAAGAGACAAGAGAGUGCGCACGCGGCAUUCACCAUUGCAAUCUCCGCGAGAAAACCCGUUCCGCCGCAAAAAAAAGUCGAGUAGAAAUUUUAUGACGACGCCGAUACGCCAACGACGUCGAGCGUCGCCAUCGAAAGUCGAACGAAUUUCGACAAAACAGCCUCAGUAUACGACCUUUUUCAUCGGAACCGCGACGCAGUGAUACGUGUGUGACCGUGACAGUGGAUACAUGCGGAUACGUUCCUUCCGAAUGUGUCACGCAGAAAUCUAGUAGAUCAAACGGCUUAACAAAGUUGUAGUGCUUUCCUUCAGAGUCUAUUGUGUGUUUAAACAAUAAUAUUCGAGUGUUACCUGGAUUGUGGCAUGCGAGCUUGGGUGCAUUGUCCGUCGUAAAAGGUGUUAAAUUAAGGCAACCUUGUCCGAUUUCUCUUUCUAUAUCAGCUCGCCAGACAGUUGGAUUUUAAUUUGGUGAGAGUAUUUUAACAUGAAUUCGUUCGUCGUUUUGAAAAUGUAUCGACUAAGUGCAUGAGAAGAAAUUCCAUCAAAAACGAGAAAUAACCGGUGAUGAGGUUUGUGGGUAUAACGGUAAAUCAUGGACCUAACACAUGCGAGACAUGGAAGAUUUUGUAGGAGACUAGAAUGGAGGUUCCAAGACAAAUGUCUCCUAGUCAUAUUGUAUAUAGCUCUCCUCACUAUACAGACUAACUGUCAAACUACUACAGGCUCAAGUCAAGAAAGCUUAACCAAAACAGAUAAUAACUUAGAUAAAGUAGUAACUAAUAAUUGCCAUAGUUGUCAAAAUAGUAAUAAUGAAAAAAUAACAAUAGAUAAUAAACGAUCAGUAAAAAAUGAGAGUGUAAAUGCUGAAAUGGUGAAAGAAGAUGUCGUUAAUGAUAUAAUUGACAUUAUCGGAACGAUCACGAAGAGAUAUGUUCUUGUUAAUAUGACAGAGACACGACUCGAGAAUGAAUUAGAAAGAAUUCUUGACAAGACAUUGGGCAAAGAAAAUUUUGAAAUCGCCGAUGGGAUAGAAAUAAAAUCCAUAAGUGACACGGAGAAAAAUAUGUUAAAAUCAAAAAGUGACGAAGGGAGAGCCUUAUUUAGCAAAUUCAGUUAUGAAUAUAGAUUAUAUCAAAAAUUUAGAAACUUUAUUGAUACUCAUGUAUUAUCAAUAAAUUUGCCUAAAGCAGCGAAACUCAUGGGGUUCAGAUCUUUUGGUCUUAACAAAUUCUUCGUGCCUCUACUGAUUGGCGGACAAGUGCUGUUGAAGUCGAUUUUGUUCGCAAUGUUCUUGCCGAGCAUACUUGGCAGUUUUGGGAAGAUAUUAGGAAAAGGUAUUUCCCAGUUAUCAGCAACAUCCAGUCAAGCCAGCUAUCCACCGGCGAACACUGACGAACAAGCAGGUUACAGCAAUGACAACAAAGACUUCAUGGGUUACGAAACCAACCCAGCGGGGGCUUAUGCGUACCCCAACGACGGUCUCUACGGGAACAUGGAUCCUAACGAGGCAAAUGAUCUGUCUAACGUCGAUAUGUCAAGAUUUGGCCCUGGAGGAAUGAAAGUAUCAUAUCUGCCCUCCAAGAACGGAUAUUACAAAAACCAAAUGGCUGCCACCAACAAUUACAAGGUGUUCCAGAAGAUCCCAGCUUCCUCUAUGAUUUUGAGCAACUACGACCCGUUCUACUCACCUCUUCUCUCAAGACUUGAUGGCAUUUUUGCAAGGCUCGGUCUGGCUCCCGCAGACAACGCAGUGGAGAGUUCCACCCACAUCGGUGGUCAGAGCUUGAGUGACGUCAAGCUUGAAGCAUGCAGGGAGCAGCUCAUAUGCCUGAUGUACGCCAGUCCCGCCAAAUACGCGCCAUACAGCAACCUGGUGUCGGCGCAGCUAAGCAGAGAGCUGAACGAGCUCCGCCGCCCGGUGUCGGACAACCCGGAGAUCCUGCGCUUUUUCCGCUACAUGCGCGCGGCGCGGCGCGGCCAAGAGGGCACGGACUGCGCACGCGCGCAUCCAGCCUGUGCCGCCACCGCUGCGCCCGCGCACACCAUGAUAGCGGCCUACCACGACAUCAACAAGCUCGUCACCGCUAGGAAACUGAAGAACUGAACACUAAGCGAGACGGGAUGGCUGGGGAAUUUCAAGUACUACAUUCAUCUGUUAUUCGAAGCGAAGCGUUACAAGGACGACUGUCGCAGUGCUAUGUUAAUGUAAUCGUCCUUGCAACAUGUACUCGUAUAAAACGUGUUGUUGGAAGGGAGAAAAGUAAUUUAGCUCUGGGAUAUAAUUAUUUACUUCAACUCAUGAGUUUAAAGGUUUUUUUACUUGUCGUUAUGACCGAAAACCUGUUUAUAGAAGUUUGCUCAAAAUCUUAGAUGAGAAUUUAAAUUAUGUAUUAACCUUGAAGAAACAUUUGUUAAGAUAAUUUGGUUAUAUUAUUAAAAGAACUUAUGUUUUUUUACACAAUAUGUUAAAGUUAAGAAAAAAUAAUGAAGACCAAAUCAAAACAGUGGAUAUUACCUAUCAACCAUUAUUGAUGUUAUUUUCUUCAUUAUUAUUAGCACCUGUAACUUUCACUGGUUUGAUGAAGAUGUGAUGUUCGACGUGUUUGAAAACUUUUGUUAGUGUGGAAUAUUUCCAGUUUUACAUACAUAUUUCGCCUUUUAAGAAAAUUUGUUACGUAAUUUUAAUAUAACAAACAAGAAAUUGUGUGUAAAGUGUUAGUUUAUUUGCGUGGGGGAAUUCGAAAUUACCUCAUAUCAGAAGCAGGGAUGUUAUGGAUAUAAAAUUUCGGAUCUUGAUACACCCACAUGGGAUAAUAAUAUGCCGGUUUCAGUUACGGAUACGAAAUUAUUUCGGGAUAUCUGAUAUGUAAUGAAUAGGAAGAUAUGGUAUGAAUAGAUGUAGAUAUUUGAUUUUAUGAAAAAGUAAAAUGAUAAAAAAUAAUAUAUCGAAACCUGUCGUAUCGUGCCUUAUUUAGACUUUGCAACGAAUUUUAAUGCAGCCUUCAGUAAGAGAUAAUAUGUAUAAUAUAUGCCCACGAACAGAAAAUAUAUUCUUCUUCGAAUCAAAGCACAGGUCCUUAGUAGUUUGAUAAGGAAGAUUUUUAAUUCUUGUAACGUCCAUCGUGGCGCUGUUUAAAUUUCAAUACAAAUCUUCUUGACAUUUGACACGUAUCGAGAUCGAAUUAAUGCGUCGUGUUAUGUCAUACUCUGCGACUGUGAGAAGUCUACAAGUUAGAGUAGGAUGGAUAACAACGACGAUAUUAUCAAAAGUUGUCCUGUUACGGAUACGGCUUCGGUUUUUUUUUAUUUCGGAUCCCCAUAACAUCCCUAAUCACGAGUUCAGUCUAGACGAACGACAAAGGAUACACAUACGAGUAUAUGUAUCUUGGAGUACCUACGCAUAUUCAACUAAUGGUAGAAUGAGACGCGUAAAUGAAAAAGACUCGUAAAGUUAUUUAUUUACGUUGAAUGUAGAUGUUGAAAUAACAAGUAUACUCGUACAAUUAUUCUGUGUAGGGUGGGUGUAAUUCUGAGAGUGAAACCUUUAUGGUUCUUUUCCCACACGGCGAUGAUAAAUUCAUUGUUAUUUGAAAAACAGAUGGAAAUAUAUAUUUCUUUUAAAUCAGGGCACAGUUAAUGUGUAAUAAUUGUUCUUUUUUACUCACAUCCAAUGUAACACACUUAAUCUUUCAUACGGUUUAUAAUUGGUAUUUUCAAAAACUAUGAAACGUUUUUAAAUUCUUUUUUUUUUACAUUAAAUUUGUUUUCGCCGCGGGUGGUAUGGUUUAUUUUAAUUUUAUUCAUAAAAAUUAAUUGAUAAUAUUUAUUUAUUAAUUUAAGAGUGUGCUUGUAAUUUAUUGAGUGAAAGUGUAAUCGUACGAGACUGUAAUUAAUUUAUUAAUUUAAUUCUAUAUUUUCCUUAUUUAUGAAAGGAAAUUUUAAUUAUAGUAAAUGUUCUUUAUUUCAAAUUUAUUGUUCUGGUAAAUUUAAUUAAAUUUAAACUAAUAAGGCGUUCUUUUAUGUAAUGUUAUAGAAAAUGGUGCGUCAGAUAUAAAAGAAAAUAUCAACUUACGUUAGAUUAUAAAAUUUAUUUGACGCCAUCAUUUUUUCGGGUUUUGAUUUUAGGAAAUGGUUUUUAUAUUUUAUGAAAAUUGUAAUAUUUAAUUAAACAUUAAUAUAAUUUAUUAUUUCUGUUAUAACUUGCAUAAUAUUGUAGUCAUAGUGAGUAGUGUCAAAAUAAAAUUAUGUUGUCUUGG